AUGGUACAGUACGUACUGCUCACUGUUUCCCUUCCAUCCCCCCCCUCGUUCGAACUCGCCGCCAAACCCUAUCCCCCAUCCUCCCCUUCCUCCCUCUCUCGUCCACACUCGCCCCGCUCUCACACUGCUAACGCAGCGAACCCCAAGGGUGGGGAUGGGGGGAGUGGGGGAGGCCGCUGGCAGGGGGGUGGGGAGGGGCUGCUACUGCAGCAUGAUGAGAAGUUCGGGUCCAAGGGGGCUAAUGCAGAGAAGUUCGGGCCCAAGGGGGCCAACGCAGCGAACCCCAGUGCAGGGGGGAGGCCGCCAGCAGGGGGAAAGGGGAAGGGCGGUGGGGCAGCAGCGGAGGGGGGCGAUGGGUUUGACUAUCACAUGGGGCUGUCGACCCGCCCCCCCUGGUAUUGCAGGACAGGCACCAGCGGGGGCAGCAGGAGGGCAGCAGCGGAGGGGGCCGAUGGGUUUGACUACCACAUGGGGUUGUCGACCUGCCCGUCCGGGUGCAUGUAUGGUGCUACCUGUAGGGCAUAUCACAUGCCAUGCAUGGCGGCUAGUGCUCUCUUUAGGGGAGGGGGAAGGGAAGAACUGGGGGAACCAGGAGGGAUCUAA